AGCGGAGCGCGGAGAAAAGCGCCCGCCACUCUCCCCAGCCCGGCGCCUAUAAAUCGCAUUCACUCCUUUCAACCCCCCCCCCCCCGAAACCCUCCUUAGCAUAUUUGAUCAUUGCGAUUCUCUGGUCUUUAUUUUUCCCCUCCUGUUUCUCCCUUCGCUUUCUCUCCUUCUCCUUCUCCUGCUUCUUCUUCUUUUGCUCCCCUCCCCUUUUAACCCCCUCUUUUAUUUUUUAUUUUAUUUUGUUAUUUUAUUUUCUCUCGCCAAAGCCAUCCAGGUCGCCCCUCUUGCACUCUUGGCUCGCUCGCUCGCUCGCUUCCUCCCCUCCCUCUCCCUCCCCCCCUCCCCCCGCAUGCAAAAAUCCUGUUGCGAUUCUCGAUUGUGCCGUUGAUUAUUUUAUUAUUGUUAUUAUUAUUAUUAUUAUUUUGGCCCGGCUCUCUUCAACCCCCCCCCCCACUCCACGCUCUCCUCCUCUGCCGCCGCCUCCUCCUCCCCUCCUCCUCCAUCCCUUUUAUCAUUCUUCCUGGUUGGGGGUGGGGGCUCCCGAGCUUGGGGAGAGUUCUUGCUAUCUCUCCGGCUCUUUCCCUCCCCCCCCCUCGCUCGCUCGCUCGCUCUCUCGCUCGCUCACCCACCCACCUCCUCCAGCGCCGCCGCCUCCCUCCCUAACCCCCCCCCCUCUCCUCUCCUCUCCUCCCCCCCUCGCCCCAUGUGUUGUGCGAGGAGGUAGCUUUGCUAAAGAGACCCACUUGCGAAAGAAACGGGAGAGGCAUAAGGCGCCAGCGAGCGGCGGCGGAGGUAGCAGCAGCCCGGAGCGGGCGAAGGGGGGACCCGCCGCCGCGGCCGAGAGACCGGGAGCAGGAGGACCGGCGAGCCGAGCCAGGGACGCCGCGGGAGCGCCCAGGAAGCGGCUCCCUCCAGCCGAGGAGGACCCGCGUGAAGACUUCCAAUUGUGGGCGCGCGCAGCGGGCAAUUUUUUUUCCUCUUUUUAAUUUUUUUUUCUUUCUCGAUUUUUGCGCGGGCGUCCCCCUCCGGCUUCCUCUCCGGUGGAUGCGUCUCCGCCUCGCCCCGACUCCGAGCCGGGCAUCCGAUCUCCGCCUCGCCGGCCGUGGGAUCUCCGGAGGGGGGGCUCGCCCGCCGCCCGCCCGCUCGCUCGCCUCUCCGGCCAUCCGGAUGGCUUUCCUGAAUGGCUGACCGCGGGCUCCUUUGGAUCUGGCCCCCCGGCACCCGCCGCCUCUCCCGCCACCCCGGCCGGCUCCCCGAGAGGGAGAGAGGGGGAGACCCCUGAAGAGAACCGCCCCCCUCUCUCUCCCCCCCGCCGCCCCCUUUUUUGGAAAUUUCCCCCCACUUUUCUUUUGCCAGCCGACAAUCGCCUGCUCGCCCUCCUCAACUUCCUCCCGCGUCCCCUUUCUUUCUUUCCUUCCUUCCUUCCUUCUUUCCUUCUUUUCUUCCUUUCACUCUUUCUCCGUCUCCCCCCGCCCCUCUUUCUUCCCCGGUCCACUUUUUUCGGGGGGACCGUUUUGGCCCGGAGGAAGAGAGACGCUUCCCCAACACGCCGUUGCGCUCCGAAACCAGAACCGCUUUAAAGGACAGGACCCGAGGAGGCCGACGGCUCGGCCGCGUCCCGCCCGAGAAGGCGCUUGGUCAAGGUGAACUUUUCCUCCAAAGGUGGACGCCACGCUCGCCGGACCUCAAGGUCGCCCUCCGCCGCCAGGGUCGCCGCAGCCGGCCGGGAGUCCAAAGCCACGGGGGGGCGAGCGAUUUGGUCAAGGUGUCCUUUAGAUAUGGCAAUGGUAGUGGGCGCUUGGCGAGAUCCGCAGGACGAUGUGGCCGGCCCGCAGGGCGCGCAGCCCCCCCAAGCCCCACCCGUGCCGGGACCCCCCGCCGGAGCCCCCCACACGCCCCAGACGCCGGGCCAAGGGGGCCCCCCCUCCACGCCCGCCCAGAACAACCCGGGCAGCCAGCAAAGCCAGGGCGACAAGGCGCAGCAGCAGCAGCAACACAUCGAAUGCGUGGUUUGCGGGGACAAAUCCAGCGGCAAACACUACGGCCAGUUCACGUGUGAAGGCUGCAAGAGCUUCUUCAAGCGCAGCGUCCGCAGGAACCUCAGCUACACGUGCCGGGCCAACCGGAACUGUCCCAUUGACCAGCACCACCGGAACCAGUGCCAAUACUGCCGGCUCAAGAAAUGCCUCAAAGUGGGCAUGAGGCGGGAAGUUUCUUCUUUAUUCACUGCAGCCGUCCAGAGGGGUCGGAUGCCACCCACACAGCCGACCCACGGGCAAUUCGCCUUAACCAACGGGGACCCCCUGAACUGCCACUCGUACCUCUCCGGAUAUAUCUCCCUCUUGCUGCGGGCGGAGCCCUACCCGACCUCCCGCUUCGGCAGCCAGUGCAUGCAGCCGAACAACAUCAUGGGCAUCGAGAACAUUUGCGAGCUGGCCGCCCGCAUGCUCUUCAGCGCCGUCGAGUGGGCCCGGAAUAUCCCCUUUUUCCCCGACCUGCAGAUCACCGACCAGGUGGCCUUGCUGCGCCUCACCUGGAGCGAGUUGUUCGUCCUCAACGCGGCCCAGUGCUCCAUGCCCCUCCACGUCGCCCCGCUCCUCGCCGCCGCCGGCCUGCACGCCUCGCCCAUGUCCGCCGACCGGGUGGUGGCCUUUAUGGACCACAUACGGAUCUUCCAGGAACAGGUCGAGAAGCUGAAGGCCUUACACGUCGACUCGGCGGAGUAUAGCUGCUUGAAAGCGAUCGUCCUCUUCACCUCAGAUGCGUGUGGUCUCUCUGACGUAGCCCACGUGGAAAGUUUACAAGAGAAAUCGCAGUGCGCGUUGGAAGAAUACGUUAGAAGUCAGUACCCCAACCAGCCGACUCGCUUUGGGAAACUGUUACUACGUCUUCCGUCUCUUCGCACCGUCUCUUCCUCAGUCAUAGAGCAGUUAUUUUUCGUCCGUUUGGUAGGUAAAACCCCCAUAGAAACCCUUAUCAGGGAUAUGUUACUUUCCGGAAGCAGUUUUAACUGGCCUUACAUGGCCAUCCAAUAAGAAUAUAUAUAUAAAUAUAUAAAUAUAUUGGUGAAGAGAGGAAAGAGAGGAAAAAAACCACAAAUCAGAAAAAAAUGGAAAAAAAUUUAAUGGGAAUGGAUUCAGAGGAUUUGCGAGUGACUCUUGGGGUCUGGCGGUUGUCUGAAAGUCCUUCAGCUAAGAAAGGACGUUUCACUAAAAGAAGAGACUAAUUGGAAUGGACUGUGAAUUAAAAAUAAAAAAAAGACUCGAGAAAUGAACUUUUUACAGAAUGCAUUAAAAAAACACACACAUCUCUUGUCGCUCAGAAGUUGCUUACCGAUUUCGCUUUCUCUCUUUUUUUUUUCUUUUUGAGUUGUUGGGGAAAAAAAGAAGGAAAAAAGAAAAGAACACGGUUUCCUUUUUUUUCGUUUUGUUGAGGGGGGAGCUGUGAAACUUUGAAACACAAUUUCUCGCUUUAAAAAAAGUGCAUUUAAAGGCAAUCUGGAGAAGAAAAAAAUUUAUCAGAACCGGAAUGAAGUCUCUUUCGCUUCCCCCCCCCUCCCAAAUUAUUAAUUGUCAUAUGUUGUCUGUGUAUCUAUAGCCUUUUUUUUUCUCCUGGUUUCAAACCAGUUUAUUCUGUGGUUCUAUAAUAAUUUUGAUAUAAUCUUGGCUUUUUUUAAAAAAAAUGUGUAUCCUUAAAAAUAUAUAUAUAUGUUCUGAAAGAAUUAAAACUGUCUUGGAAGGCUUGAUGAGAAGAAUGUAAGGACGCAAAAUUAAAAUACCGUUGCCCAAAGCCAGUAGGGGGAAAAAAAUGGGAACGCACUUAAAACUGGUCAAUCGCAUUUAGCUUCAAGCGACCACAGCUAUUAUUAUAGAGACCCCGGAAGAGCCACAUCUAACUCCCCCCCCCCCCGCCUGUCUAGGUUUUUUUAAUAUAAAUAUUUUAAAGACAAAAAGUGAAUUUGGGGAGGGAGUAGGGAUUUCUUGGAGGGAGGCAGAAUUGUGUCUAAGACACAACACAGUUUGGGUGAAAACACACAACCACACAUAUGCACACACAACAGAGAAUCAUCACGAAGUGAACUUUUUUUUGGUAAUUUGAAUGAAAUUGGGUUCGACUUAGUUGUUCUGACUUGUUACCGAGUUCCUCUAUCUGUUUGUAUAUUUGCAAGCCCUUUGUAUUAUAAUACCUGUUGAUAUUUUCCCUUUUUUAAAGAAAAAAAGAAAAAAAACCCAUCGAAUUCAGCAUGACAGAAAGAGAAAAAAAUUCCACCUGCUGUUGGCACUUAUAGAUAACGUGUUUGAUUCAGUAUCUUAGAGUUUACAGUUUUUGUGUUUUAAAGAAAAAAAAACAGAAGGUUUUUUUUUAAUUUUAAGUGAAACAUUUCUGUAUACUGUAAAAGUUAUAAUAACUGAAAACUGUUUGGUCCAGUCUUUGUGUGUUAUAUUCCAAGGAAAAAAAAUUGAAAGUAUUCAGAAAUUAAAAUAUUAUUUGAUAUCUGUAAA